AUGCAUCACGAACCAACGGGUCAUUCGCACGACCCGCACGAGCCUGUCCUCGAUGAGCUGGAUGAGGCAGAAAUCCUACGGUUGAUGGGUCCCGACCCACUUUCCUACUGGGAGUUUGACACCAACUCUACCACCGUCAAUCGAACCCACGGUGACCUCAUGAUCGUCCACGCAGCGUCCAUGUCCCUCGCAUUCUUUGGCGCUUUGCCAGUUGGCAUCGUGCUCCGGGCUUUUAACAAUCCUCUACACUGCGUCGUUCAGACCAUCUUUGUGAUCCUGGUUGUAUUGGGAUGGCUCACGGGGUUUAUUUAUAAUAAACUUACUCCUAGUCUGUUCUCAUUUCAUAGAUACCCCGGUGAGAAACAUUCAGCAUCAGGAUAUGUCACCCUGCUACUUGUGGCUGCGAUCGCAUCUCGAGAUGUCAUCGGCGUUCUUGGCCGUAUCUGGACAUUCUUCCGAUCCGAUGACUCCUUCAGCUUCAACACAUUUUGGUCACAGAUUAUACGAGGAAAACCGCAUCCGUUCAGCGUCCACUCUCCUUCCACCCUGUACACACCGUUUGAAGACUCCCCGGAGUUGAAUCGACUUGUUGAGGAGCCUGACACAUACGAAUCAGAACUGGCCAGUCCCCAUGAUGCAAGCUCCCCACGCCGCGCUCACUUUGCCGAUAUCGAUCUGUUCAAGAACACGGGGCCCGCACAGUCCAGCGUGCACGAAAAGGCACAACGUGAGACCAACAUUAGCCUGUAUGGGCCCUCUACACGGGCAUCAUACUCGCAUCGUUCGCAUCACUCCGAACAAUCAACGAGCUCUACGUUGCACGAGGAUGUUCCAGUCUGUGAAUUUUCGCCUCAUCAUACUGGAAUGAGGGCUGGCACAUUUGAUGGAUGCGACGAAGAAGAUGAUGACCUUGAUGCUGAAUUGCAGAAGGGGAGAAGUAAAUGGUCGAAGCUUAUCUCUAUGACUGUAUACGUCACCGAAUGGAUUCUCGUCGCACUCGGGUUCGCCCAGCUGUUAAGUGGUGUGGCUGUUUACUCCGGUAUCUGUCAUGGGGGGUACCUCAACGGUUGCCUGGCUCACUUCAUCAAAGGUGGAGUUUUUUUCAUCUACGGCAUUCUCACUUUCUGCCGCUAUCUUGGAGCGUUUGCGAAAUAUGGAUGGGCUUGGAAUCGGGUCACUACCACCUCCAGGCACUUUGGCGGGCCCACAGCUGAAAUGGUCGAAUCCACCGUCAUCUUUACUUAUGGGAUCACCAAUACUUGGUUGGAGAGGACCGGUGCAAAGCCUGGCGCUCCCUAUAGCACCAAAGAAAUCCAACAUAUCGGCAUCGCCUUAAUGUUCUGGUUCGCCGGCCUCGCGGGCAUGGCACUCGAAUCCCGUCGUGUACGCCGUCUUCUUUCACUCUCAGCAUUCUCGGACGGGUCGCUCGCGCUUCGUACGGAACCUACUUCAUACACUGGCUCCUUCAAUCCCUUCCCUGCUAUUGUAAUUGGUGUGACUGGGGCUGCGAUGGCCGCUCAUCAUCAACGGUACAUGUUCGCUGUCCAAGUCCAUGCACUAUGGGGCAAUCUCCUCCUUGCGUUUAGUGUGCUCAGAUGUGUGACGUACGUGUUCUUGUGGCUCCGUCCGCCGACGAGUGAGAGAAGCCUGUUACCAUCGAGGCCGCCCAGUGAACUCCUCGCUUCUUUCUUUCUGGCAUCUGGAGGCCUCGUGUUCAUUUCGAGUUCGGAGCCUAUCAUCUUUGGAGCGAUGAGACACGGUAGGGAUGAUCUUAUGAUGAUCUUGGAUGUUGUGGUUGCUAUUACCUGCUUCGUCUUCACCUGGUGUGUUGUCGUACUGGCCAUCAAGGGCUGGGCGCGCAAUCGUGCCGCGUUGCUCAUGGCUGCGAAGAUGGAGCCUUCUGGUCCUCGCUCCAUCCGAGCAUAA